AUGUCAGAACUCACUCACUCAGAUAUUUCCGAAAUGUGGAAGCCGAGCAAAUACGUACCUACAUGGGACGACUGUGAGGACCUUGAGAUGUACGUCGAAGGCGGCCUUCACCCUGUUCUCAUCGGCGGCAGUUUCUCCAAUGAUCGAUACAAGGUCGUUCACAAACUCGGUUCUGGCGGAAGCGCAACAAUAUGGCUGGCCCGUGACAAUCAAGAAGAGCGUUACAUAGCGCUCAAGAUACUCACCUCAGAUGGCUCCGGCAGAACUCGUGAGCUGCAGAUCCAUCAAUUUCUCGCUCAGCAACAACUCGACUUCGAAUCGGCUCACGUUGCACCACUUCUCGACCACUUCUCCAUCAGCGGUCCCAACGGAACUCAUUUGUGUCUGGUAUUCGAGGUCCUCGGGCCCAGCAUAGCUUCAUUGAGGGGUUACGCUUCAGAGACCAAGAUCGAGCCACACAUCGCUCGCAAGCUCGCACGCCAGGUCGCAGAAGGUGUUGCCCACUUGCAUGCAACGAAGGUUGCUCUUGCCGACUUGAGCGCAAGCAACAUCUUGUUUCGCAUCCAAGACAUCAACGAGUGGAGCGUGGAAGACAUAUACAAUGCAUUCGGGCUCCCACAAGCCGAGAGGGUACAGCUCCACGAACCUUUGGAUUUUGCCGAAAUAGUUAGCCGUCUCGAUGACCCUCCGCGAGAUCUCCCACCGGUAGACGGACGCGCACCAGAAAUGGUGUACCGGCCAAUCGACCUUCUGCAGUCCAAUCUCGCCUUGAUCAAGCCUGAACUCCUCAUGAUCGAUCUGGGAGAGGCAUAUCUUAUCGACAAUCCGCCAAAGUGCUCGGAUGUAGGCACAAACUUCAAUUAUGGAGCGCCGGAGAUUGGGUUUGAUGACUUUCCAACUCCACAGGCAGACAUCUGGGGCCUGUCAUGCUGCUUCUUUGAGAUGAGGUCUGCAAAGAUUCUCUUCCGUGACGAUUCAGCAGGGAUGGCCGGUUUAUUGAUUCAGAUGUCCCGGCUCCUCGGACUAGUCCCUGUGGAGUGGUGGAACGCUCUGGGCGUUGGAGAAGAGUCCGGGGACGAGGAGCCGGCAGAUGGAGACGCAGAAGCCGGUGACGACGAUGUUUCUGCCAAGGUUUCCCAAGAAGAGGCUCACAACAGUGGUCGGGAAGACGAGCUUCUGCAUGCUACAGUAAGCGAAGAACAACAAGGAAGCCAGCUUCAGCCAAGACCUGAUCUUAGACACCGCAUUAGAAAUAUCGGGAAGUUGAACCAGUGGCAUCGAAUGACGCUGAUCGAGCGACGAGCGAAAAUCCUCGAGUGGUUCCCUAAAGACGACGAUGGCGCUGUGGGAAGAAAGAUCGGCAUCCUGACGCGCCCGCCGGCCCGCCUAUUGAGACAAGAGGCUGAAGAUUUGGAGGAUUUGCUCUCGAAGAUGCUUAGAUACCAUCCAACAGAGCGUAUAUCCGUCAGCGACGUACUACGACAUCCAUGGUUUUCGAAGCGAUACCAGGCUAGGGGGUCGAGGUCGAAAGUGGCAACCUCUAGGCCGCAGAAACCGAAAAUGUGGCUGGAGAGAUAUGAGCCUGCCAGAUACUAUGAUGGGUGGUGUGAUGACUGA